AUGGCCCCUCAGAAGCGCUCGCGUCGCGACGCCGAUGUAGAUGGUGAAAUUAUAGCGGUUGAGAGUGCCAGCUCCAGCCUACAGCCAGAUAUUCAUCGUAAGAAAGCUCGACUUUCUAUCAACCAAAGCCCUACCUCUGGACCUCCAAAUGGCCGCGAACCAAGUCCAGCCCCUUCUUCCACCGUUGACGACGCAAGUUCACCCGAACCCGAGCGAGGCGACAUGUCCGUUCUGCCUGGAAGCACACAAUAUGAGAUCAUGCGAGAUGGGGGCUUUAAACAUCUACAAAACCCGGAUUUGGACGACGCGCGGGCAACACAAAGAUUCCUCGCUCGAACUCAACAAAUUGGAGAUAAUCACGCAGCCGACAAUGCCAUUAUUGAGGAGAUAACAUGCUUCAACUUCAUGUGCCACGAUAGACUGCACGUCCAGCUCGGACCCCUCAUCAAUUUCGUCGUCGGUCUGAACGGGAGCGGAAAGAGCGCCAUAUUAACCGCCAUCACUUUGUGUCUUGGAGGCAAAGCAGCGUCGACGAAUCGAGGCGCCAGUCUAAAGAGCUUGAUAAAAAGUGGCCGGGAUCAAGCCGUUCUAGUUGUUAAACUCAAAAACCAUGGCAAUGACGCCUAUCAACCAGAUGUUUAUGGACACUCGAUUAUUGUCGAGCGCCAUUUCUCGAAGACUGGCAGCAGUGGAUAUAAGUUAAAGAAUGCUAUGGGCAGAAUCAUCUCGUCGAAGAAGAGUGAUGUUGAUGAUAUUAUCGAAUAUUAUCAACUUCAAGUGGAUAACCCCAUGAACGUACUCACCCAAGAUGCCGCAAAGUCAUUCAUUACACAAUCAACGCCGGUCCAAAAGUAUAAGUUCUUUGUAGAGGGUGUUCAGUUAGAAGCCCUAGAUAACGACUACAAGCUGGUAUCUGAUACCUGCGACCAGAUCGACGGAAAGCUGAAAGAUUCCGCAGGGGAUAUAUGUGAACUCAAAAAAGCCUGGGAGGCUGCGAAGCAAAAAGCAUUGAUAGUCCAGCAACACGAGAAGAUGAGAGAGAAGGCCCGAUCUCUACAAAGACAAGCAGCUUGGUCGCAGGUAGAAGAGGUGGAGGCAAUACUAGACGAGAAGAAAUCCGCACUGGCUACAGCUCAUGCAAGAAUACAAGAGCAGGAGCGGAAGGCGGAAGAGAAGGGCCAGGUAUUCCAGCAUAUGGACGAGGCUUUAGAGCGAGCCAAGGAAACCGAACGACAGGUUGAGGAGGAACUUGCCCCAAUGAAAGAGGAUGAGGAAGCUGCUAAGAAUGCACAUGACGCUGUGAGAAAAGAGAUUGAAAAAGUCCAUACCCAACGGCGCGAAAUCAAAAACAGUCUCCUUGCUGGGCAAAAGAAGGUCGACAGCUACAAAAAGGACAUUGAGACGGAAAUGGGACGGAUGGAGGAUGCCAAUGGUGGUGCUCAGGCUCGGAAGCAAGCCGAGAUUCACGAGGCUGAAAAAUGUGCUGCAGACGCGGAGACUGCUCGUAAACACAAUGAGGAUGAAGGUCCUACACUUCAAGAAAACCAUCGAGCUAGCGAAGAAGAACUCGAGAAGUUAACGGGUUCUCUAUUAGCCAAACGCCGUGAGGUCGAAAGUGUCCAACGACGGCUGCAAGAGCUUGGCCAAAAUCAAGAAAAUGUCAUGGCAGGAUAUGAUGCUAAGAUGCCUCAAUUGCUAAGAAUGAUUCAGAGUGAGCGGAGGUUUCGAGAGAAGCCAGUGGGGCCUAUUGGCAUGCAUAUCAAGUUGCUGAAACCGAUUUGGUCGAACAUGAUCGAAACAACCGUGGGCAACACUUUAAAUGGGUUUAUUGUGACAAAAAAGUCUGAUCAGCAACUGUUAUCUAGCAUGAAGCGGCAACUUAACAUGGAUUUCCCGAUCCUAAUUGGCAAUCAUCAAAUUAUCAAUACGACUGGACAUGAGCCUGAUCCACGAUAUGAAACAAUUUUAAGGGUCCUAGAUAUCGACAACGAUCUUGUAAGGAACCAAUUAAUAAUCGGACAGGCUAUCGAACAAUCACUUCUCAUCAGCAGCCGAGAAGAAGGUAGUAAGAUCAUGUUUGAUGGUCCAAAACCCCGCAAUGUCAGACAAUGUUUUACUCUUCACGACAAGAGAAGGGAUGUAGGACAUCGACUAGGUUGGAUGGGACGAAAUUCUAACUCUGAAAUAAUCCCUGUGCAUUAUAACCUACGACGACGACCACGGAUGAAAACAGACGUCGACAGCCAAAUUGCGUACCAGCGGGAGAGCUUAAACCAGCUCGAGCGCGAGAAGAAUCGACUUGAAAGCGAAUGUAAUCAGGCGCGCACAAAAAUACAAAGAUGUGAGCACGCGAUCAUGCAGCACAAACGCGCCUAUACAGACCUCAAGAUCGAUAUCCAGAGAGCGAACGACCACGUCGAAGCCUUGCAGGCGGAGCUUGACCGAGACACUAUCGAGGACGGCCGCCUCGAUGCUCUUAGGGGGUUCUUGGCAGAGGCAGAGCGCGAUUUAUCAAUAGACCAAGAAUCGUAUGGCAACAUCGGCUUGGAAAUGGAGCAAUUGAACAACCAAGCACUUGCCCGGAGACGAGAGCUCGAUUCUGUCAAGGAACGUCUAGCUGAUCAUGAGGCUAAACUCAGAAAGGCCCAACUCAAAGUAAGGAACACGGAACAAGCUCGCAAGAUUGCUCUCGAGGAGAAAAAUCUUGCCAUUGCCUUAAUUGAAGAUUUUCAGGGCGAAAAGGCUCGCGCUGAACGGAAAUUAGAGCAGCAAACCGAGCAGGUAGCGAGUUUUACUGAACAGGCCAGCAAAAUUUCUGCUAGGGUGCCAGUGGAUGAGGGUCAGACGCCUGCUAGUUUGGAUGCCCAGAUCAACGCUAUUCGGGACCAACUUAAAGCCUACAACAAAAGGCUUGGUGGAAGCGACCACGAGAUUAACGAGCAGGCAUUGGAAGCUAAGAAGGUAUAUGAGGCCUCGAAGGUCCACAGAGACGAACUCCAAGAAAUACUGCAACUUCUAAAGCUUUCAUUUAUGAAACGGAUCAGUAUGUUCCGACGUUUCCAGAGACAUAUCUCUGCGAGAUCUCGUAUCAACUUCAACUACCUCCUCAGUGAGCGAGCAUUUAGGGGAAAGCUCACGAUCGAUCAUGUUGCCAAACAGCUUGAUGUGCAUGUCGAGCCUGACGAAACAACGAAGAGCAGUCGGGGCCGACAGACCAAGACACUUUCUGGAGGAGAGAAAUCGUUCUGCUCUAUUUGCUUGCUCCUGUCUCUUUGGGAGGCAAUGGGGGCGCCGCUUAGGUGUCUCGACGAAUUUGAUGUCUUCAUGGACGACGUCAAUAGAGAUGUCAGUACGAAGAUGAUAAUCAGUGCAGCCCGACGCUCGGUUGGGCGCCAAUUCAUCCUAAUUACGCCAAAAGCGCUCGGAGCUGGUGCUGCUGAUGCCGAGGAUGUGCAUAUUAUCAAAUUGACUGAUCCCCGGGACAAACAGAGGCGGAUAGAUGAGAUGUUACAAGAUGACUAA